CCCUAUUGUUCGUGCUUUUUUCUCUUUCAUUUUCGAGACUUCCACAAAGCUCACAGAUUUUCUCUCCAACUCUGCUUUCUUACGAAGCAAAAGCUUUGGAUUUGGGAAGCAACUGUGGUGUUCGGGACUCGGAAGAUUCUGGAGAGAGAAAGAGGAGAGAGUGAGAGAAUCACCGGAGGAGAGAGCCAUGGCGGCGGUGUACGUACAUAAGGCGGCGAGUCAUCUGUGGGACACCGUGCUGGAAAUCACGAAGUCGGCGCAGGAGAAGAACUGCGAUCCUGUCGUGUGGGCGAUUCAACUCAGCUCCUGCCUCAACUCGGCGGGGAUUCCUCUGCCAUCGCCGGACCUCGCUCACCUCCUCGUCAACCACAUCUGCUGGGCCAACCACGUGCCGAUCACGUGGAAGUUCCUCGAGAAGGCCCUGGCGCUCAAGAUCGCCCCUCCCAUGCUCGUCCUCGCUCUUCUCUCCGUCAGGGUGAUUCCAAAUCGACAGCUCCAGCCAACGGCGUACAGGCUUUACAUGGAACUAGUUAAGAGACAUGCAUUUUCAUUCACUUCUCAAACAAAUGGACUCAAUUUUCAAAAGAUCAUGAAAUCCAUUGAUGACGUUCUGCAUCUUUCCGAGAUAUAUGGCAUCGAAGUGUGUGAACCUGGAAUUCUUCUUGUCGAAUUUGUGUUUUCGAUUGUAUGGCAGUUACUUGAGGCAUCAUUAGAUGAUGAAGGGUUGCUAGAACUCACCCUGGAAAAGAAAUCUAGAUGGCCGACGAGGCCACAAGAUAUGGAAAUAGAUGGUCAGGAUUGCUUUAGUGAGAAAAGAAGUGAUAAUGAAGCCCUGCAAAAAGCAAAUACUGCUAUAGCUAUUGAGAUAAUUGUAGAAUUUCUGAAAAACAAAGUCACUUCAAGACUUAUUUACUUGGCACGUAGAAACAUGUCAUCGCAUUGGGGAGGCUUGCUUCAGCGACUGAGAUUGCUUUGCUCAAACUCAUCAGUUUUGCGGAGUUUAAAGCACAUUACUGCAGAGGUCCUUUUGCAGUUGACAUCUGAUACUCGCAAAUUACUAACUCGGAAAAGCAAAACAAUAUCACAGCAUGAUUUUCAUGCAGUCUUGGCCUCUGGAACUAUGAUAUCUUCCACUUGCCAAUCUCAGGGAGCUAGUUCUUCAUCGCUUUGGCUUCCCAUUGAUCUAUUUCUUGAAGAUGCUAUGGAUGGGUCACGAGUGCCUGCUACUAGUGCCGUCGACAAUCUUACUGGUUUGGUAAAGGCUUUGCAAGCAGUUAACAACACAUCAUGGCAUAAUACGUUCAUAGGUUUAUGGAUUGCAGCUCUUCGCCUAGUUCAAAGGGAAAGAGACCCUAGAGAGGGUCCUGCGCCUCGCCUUGAUACCUGCUUAUGCCUGUUAUUGUCUAUUACAACACUUGCGGUCACUAACAUUAUCGAGGAAGAGGAAAGUGAACUGAUGGAGGCAUCCGAACAAAUCUCAAUUAACCAAAGUAUGGAGAAACAGGCUUUAGGACAGCGUCGGAAGGAUUUAGUGACCAGCUUACAGCUACUAGGUGAUUACAAUGGCUUGUUGACUCCACCUCAAUGUGUUAGUUCGGCAGCCAAUCAGGCUGCAGCAAAAGCGAUGAUGUUCAUUUCAGGCCUUACUGUCAGCAAUGGAUAUUACGAAAGCAGUAGUGUGACCGACAUGCCUAUAAAUUGUAUUGGAAACAUGUGGCAUCUAAUUGUUGAGGCUUGCAUUGCAAGGAAUCUACUAGACACAUCGGCAUAUUUCUGGCCAGGCUACGUGAGUGCAUGCAACAAUCAAUUGCCUCGAAAUGUGCCCAGCCAAGUGACUGGUUGGUCAUCUUUGAUGAAGGGUUCCCCUCUGACUCCAGCUCUGGUUAAUGUUCUGAUUGCAACCCCAGCUUCUAACUUAGCAGAGAUCGAGAAAAUAUAUGAGAUUGCAAUAAAUGGUUCAGACGAUGAGAAGAUAUCUGCUGCCAACAUUCUUUCUGAGGCAUCUCUUUUUCGUGGUUGGAGUAUCCAGGAGCAUACCUGUCUCUUUAUCAUAAGGUUGUUAUCGCCACCAGUUCCUGCAGAAAACUCAGGAAGCGAGAGCCAUUUGCUCAACUUUGCCCCUUUCUUUAAUGUUCUCCUGGCUGGGAUUUCAUCUAUAGACUCUGUUCAAAUCUUCUCCUUGCAUGGAUUGCUUCCUUUACUUGCAGGAGCAUUGAUGCCAAUCUGUGAGGUUUUCGGGUCAAGUGUUCCCAAUCUCUCAUGGACUCUUUCAACAGGCGAAGAAUUCUCUUGCCAUGCAGUUUUCUCAAACGCAUUUACACUCCUACUGAGAUCAUGGCGAUAUGAUCAUCCACCUCUUGAACAUAUGAUGGGAGAUGGGAGACCAGUUGUGGGAUCCCAACUGAGUCCUGAAUACCUUUUAUUGGUUCGAAACUCUCAAUUAGCUACUGCUGGAAGUUCAGCCAAGGAUCGAAUGAGAAUUAGGAGAGUCUCAAAAUUUAUCACCUUUUCUCCUGAACCUAUCCUAAUGGACUCGUUUCCAAAAUUAAAACUCUGGUAUCAGCAGCAUCAAAAAUGUAUUUGUUCCACACUCUCUGGACUUGUACCAGGCACCACCGUUCAUCAAAUCGUUGAUACACUCCUAACCAUGAUGUUUAGAAAAAUAAGUAGAGGCAGUCAACCUUUGACUCCUACAACUUCGGGAAGCAGUACUUCAUCUGUUUCUGGGACUGAUGAAACCUCUAUUAGACUUAAAGUGCCUGCAUGGGACAUCAUGGAAGCAACUCCUUUUGUGCUCGAUGCUGCUCUUACAGCAUGUGCCCAUGGAAGACUCUCUCCUCGUGAAUUUGCUACAGGACUCAAAGAUCUUGCAGAUUUUCUUCCUGCAACUUUGGCAACAAUUGUGAGCUAUUUUUCAGCUGAAGUAACACGAGGAAUAUGGAAGCCAGCUUUUAUGAAUGGAACUGAUUGGCCAAGCCCUGCUGCAAAUUUUUCCACUGUUGAGCAGCAAAUUAAAAAAAUCCUUGCUGCUACUGGCGUGGAUGUUCCAAGCCUUUCAGCCGGAGGGAGCUCUCCUAAUACACUUCCUUUACCCUUGGCUGCCAUGGUUAGCCUCACGAUAACUUUCAAACUUGAUAAAGCAUCUGAACGUGCACUGCAGCUAAUUGGGCCGGCUUUUUUUUCCCUAGCCACGGUUUGCCCCUGGCCAUGCAUGCCCAUUAUUGCCUCAUUAUGGUCCCAGAAAGUAAAGCGCUGGAGUGACUUCCUGGUGUUCGCUGCUUCCCAAGCAGUCUUCCACCACAACAGUGAUGCUGUAGUUCAGCUCCUGAAGAGCUGCUUUACGUCCACGCUUGGCCUACGUUCCUCCUGCAUUCACACCAACGGUGGUGUCGGUUCCCUCCUUGGCGAGGGUUUUGGCUCCUUUUCUGGGGGGAUCUCUCCAGUUGCCCCAGGAUUUCUCUACUUGCGAGUGCAUCGCUCUGUUAGAGAUGCUAUCUUCUUGACAGAAGAAAUUGUCUCCCUUCUCACGCUCUCCGUUAAAGAGAUCGCAAGUUGUGGGUUACCCGGAGACAAGGUGGAGAAACUGAAGAAGACCAAGAACGGGAUGAGAUAUGGGCAGGUUUCCUUUGCCGCAGCCAUGCAACGGAUCAAGCUUGCAGCAUCUCUUGGAGCUUCACUAGUUUGGCUCUCCGGUGGGUUGAGCUUAGUUCAAAAUUUGAUCAACGAAACCUUACCUUCUUGGUUUAUAUCAUCUCACGGAUCGGAUCAGGAAAGCCGGGAAUCAGGAGGCACGGUGGCUGUUCUUGGGGGCUAUGGACUCGCAUACUUUACUGUUCUCUGUGGGACAUUUGCUUGGGGAGUUGACUCGGCAUCGCCAGCAUCAAAGAGGCGACCAAAGAUUCUCGGUGCUCACUUGGAUUUUCUUGCGAGCGCACUAGAUGGGAAGAUUUCACUCGGCUGUGAUUUGGCGACUUGGUGGGCGUAUGUGUCUGGGGUGGUGAGCCUGAUGGUGGGUUGCACACAGAAGUGGUUGAUGGAAAUCGAUGUGGAUGUUCUAAAGAGGCUAAGCAAGGGAUUGAGACAAUGGAACGAGGAAGAAUUGGCUCUUGCUGUGCUUGGGCUCGGUGGUGUCGGAGCAAUGGCUGCUGCGGCAGAACUCGUUGUUGAGAGUGACUUUUGAAUCUCAUUAGUGAUAACUUAUGAGCGUUGCAUGUAUAGGCUGUAAGCAUGAAAAGCUGAUUUGGCUAACUCGUAUGUAUAGCUUGUUGAAUCCUAAGGCUCUACGAGGUUAUCCUUUUCUUCCCCUUUUGGGUGGAAGAUUCAGCUCAUGUACAUUUCAAACAGGAUAUAUCUUCCUCGGAUAUGCUUAUAGUUCUAUACAUUUAUCCAGGAAACCUCUAUUUUCAUGCCUGAGACUCGGUAUUGUCUCUGCCUUGAAUGUAUGGGUUUUUGAUAUUUUACUAAAUCUUAUUUUAAUAAUAUAAUUCCUAGAUG